AUGGCAGUGAGUAUCUUUGGGCCGACUCCAAACGUUCUGGAGAGGACAGCAUGCAAGUUUGUGGCGGAAUUAAAAGUAGCCACCGGCCCAGUCGUGUCACCAGAAGCAUUUGUGGAUUUCGUGAGGGGCCAGCUGCCGACCGUACGCAACAAGGAUGUCGUGUGGACGUGGACGUCACUUCGGGCAUACAUAUCAGAACAUGGCCAAGAUCCGCUGAAGGUAGCGUUCAAGAACGCGGCUCUGUUGACCCUCGACAUGGUGACUCGGCUUUGGGAUGCAACCGAUGACGCGGAGCAGGAGCCUGAACACAAGGAGGAUGAGACCAAGCAGCAAGCAUCCAAGCGAAAAGCUUUGCAGCAGCCAUCCCGAUCACCGUCUAACUCGAUCUGUUUAAGCGAUCGCAGCGGCCGAGGCAGCAGCUCGUCGGCGUCCCGCGCGCGCGACGCCAUGCAGAAGCAGUAUGAGGGCAACCUGCAGGCAUUCAAAGUCAAGCUGUGGACUGUUACGUCGGGAACGGUGGUAGACAUGGAGAUCCGCUCGCACGUGCUGUCCUUGAUGAAGGAGUCGUCGUUGCACUCGUUCGUGAUUGACAACGCUAAGGCCGUCAUCCAGCUCUUCACCGACAAGGACAAGGAGGAAGUCGCCCAAGUGCUGGAGGAGCGUGGCGGCGAGGAGCAGGACACUAAGGGUGCGUAG